AUGGAUUCAAGGAUUCCAUAUAGCCAGUCUUCUGGCUAUUUAGGCCUUCAUAACAGUGAACACGAAAGUGUUCUCAAUGGAAACUUUCCUUAUGAGAGUUUUCAUUCUGGAGCAUCAGAAAUCCCUCCUUUCAGUUCACAACAGUUUGAGGUUCCAACUCCACCUGAAGACACACCCGCGGAGCGUGGGAAGAGACAGAAAUGGACACCAGCUGAUGAUGAGUUACAGAACUUCUGGAAAAGAGUUGGCGAAUACUUCGCUGCAAGUCCUCAUGGUACAGACAGUGGUGCAAAGAGGGAGCAUAAACAUUUGAAGCAGCGGUGGCACAAAAUAAAUGAUCUAACCAACAAGUUCUGUGGCGCAUAUGCAGCCGCAGAGAGACAAAAUUGCAGUGGUCAAAACGAGAAUGAUGUUCUCAAGGUGGCUCACGACAUCUUCUACUCUGAUCACAAGAUGAAGUUUAACCUUGAGCAUGCAUGGUGUGUGUUGAGGUAUGACCAGAAAUGGCUUAACCUUAACCCUCCUAAGGCUAGUGGGAGUUCAAAGAGAAAAGAUUGUGUCGAAGGUUCCCAAGCAUCUGUCAAUGUUGGUGAUAAUGAGACCCACCCUAAAGGUAUCAAGGCUGCAAAAGCAAGAAGGAAUACGGCUCAAGGGAAGAUUGUUGAUGAGUAUAAGAGCAUUUGGGAAAUGAAGAAGGAGGAUUUGACGAUGAAGGAGAAGCUGUCUAAGCUAGCCAUACUAGACACUCUCCUUGCAAAAAAAGAUCCACUCAGUGAGGCUGAAGAAAUUGUGAAGAAUAAGCUUCUGGCCCAGUAUUUCUGA